GUGAGUGUAAGUAAGAAAGUCUAGCCCAACAACUAUCAGAUGGAUCAGGAAAUAAGAGGAAUAGCAGGCAAUGUAAAUAGGUAUUAUUAACUUCGUAAUAACUCCCCUAAGUACAAUCUACUUGCUAAAAAAGGCACGUCGGCCGUUCGUCUUACAAGGCAGUUAGAAAUGCUGCGAGUAAGAAUGCUGAAGCUAGUAUGCUAAGAAUAGAAAGUUGCCAACCCUUUACAAUGAAAUAAAUGCUUCUAUUUAUACCCGCCAAUGGGCAGGUAGCUAUGCUGACGUGGAAGCCUGUGGACCGCUUGUGUCCCAACCACCAAAUCUUCAGCAUUAAAUGCACUUCCCGCCAGAAUCUAGGUUUCCCGCCGGAUCAGUGGGGACGUUCGUCCACCCGGGAAGUGAGUUGGAUCGCUCCAAGUGACCCUCGAAAGAUAUUGGCUGUUCGUCUCCUGGCCUUGAUAGAUACUCACCAUGUGGUCUGGGUUUUCUCCGAUGACUACAGGCUUGCUCUGGAGACGUUCGUCGCCAUCCCUGGUGGCCCGUGGUUCUGCCCCUUGUCCCUGCAUAGACGUUCGUCGGGAUGAACUGCUGGGCCUGAACCCCCCAACACCAGACGUUCGUCCAUCCUUAAGGGACAUGGGCCCGUGGGCUGUCCUGAAGUUCGAACUGGACGUGCGUCUGGCAAUAUGGGUUAGUGGGCCGGACCUCGGCUUGGGCCAUUUACCCAACACAAGUCCCCCACUUCUGAUGUUCUGGGCUCGCGCAGGACAUAAGGAAGUAGGAAUCUCCUCUAGGUAGACGUUCGUGUCUUGACACUUGUGUUUUCUGCACCCGUUGGGAGCGUACGCUCGUGGUCAUGGUGCUUGACAGCUGUCGACGGUUCAGGAAACGAGGUGACGGCUGAUGUUGCGGCGGUGCAAUUUCCCGAGGAAGUGUCAUCAUUGCGCCCCCAUCCCACGCACAGCGCGUGGGCCGGAAUAUGCUCCUUGCCACGUGUCAGCCCCUCGUUGGCUUCCCCAUCGGUGUUUCUCCUAUAAAUGCCGGGUUUUCCCUCUGAAUUAGGGUUCCCAAUUUCUGCUCUCUUGCUCUCGAUUUUCCGCAGCUCUUCAAGUUUUCUUCCGAAUUCGGCUAACCCCCUUGUAAGGUAAUUUCCCCCCUCUGCUUCUUUUCUUUGUUCUGAUUCCUAGCCGAAAUGACUUCGAUGGAGAUUUCGUCAAGUUCUGAUUCUGGUUCGUCGGGUUCCUCCUCGGGCUCCUCUUCGGACACUGUGAGUGCGCGCUCCCCCGGGAAGGCCAGUAUUUCCGGGACCUCUGGUUCGGCCACGACGGUAGGAACCAUCCGGGCUGAUGGUGAGCCGGAUGACGCUUCUCAAAGUAGUGGGAGCGACGCAGGGGAUGGGGACGCUGAUGGGGCAGUAGAUGUUAUUGACGCAGUCCCCCUGAACGAGCGUCCUGCAGAUUAUGAUUCUGGAGAGGAGGCCGAAUCCGGCUCCGAUAUGGAGGUGUAUGAUCUGGGCAUCCCUACGGAUAUGGAGCGCCACAUCUGCCCGAUCAGGAGCGCCCUUGACCACGACCAGGUCCUCUCCCGCGUGGCCCUCAACAAAAUCCGUACUUUCUUUCCCCCGCCGUUCGUCUGGAGUGUGAGAGGCGCUGAACAUGUGAUGAGGAGACGUCCGGGGAUGAUCGUGCUCCACUUGGAUUCCGUUGAAGCCGGGCUGCGGUUCCCGCUCCAUCCGUUCUACGUGGAAUUCUUCCACUGCUUCCAGGUGGCCCCGGCGCAAUUCAUGCCAAAUUCUUAUAGGCUCAUAUCGGCCUUCUUGGUGCGCUGCAAACUUGCGGGGGUCGAUGCCACUCUGGAGCUUUUCCACUAUUUCUACCGCGUCACUCCCCAGAAUGCCGACGGGUAUCUGAGCGUGGCCGCACGUCCUGGGAGACGGCUGUUCAAGAGCUACCCCUCGUCCAUCCACGACUGGAAGAACCGCUUCUUCUUCCUUCGAUACGACGGGCCUCCUCUCCCUCUUCGGUGGAAUGGCUAUCCCCCAAAGAUUGAGUCACCGGAGCCGACCGACGAUCUGCUAUUGGACGUGGAGAAGGUGUUGGAGGGCGGCGUCCGUCCCAUAGCCGGAUAUCUGACCUUCGAGGCACUCUCCGGGGCAGGCAUAGGUACCGCCCGUGUCCCUGGACUCUUUCCACCCUUCGACGCUCGUCUCGGGGCACCGGCGGUCCUGUCCUUCGAGGUGAGUGUCUUAUUGUAUUCCCCGCCCGUCUUUUAAUCCUUUGUUGUUUCCUGCAGGUUCUCCGCCAGACAGGGACCAGAUGAAUCACGCUGAGUGUCUGAAAACCAGGAAGGCCAAGGCGGCUGCGGCUAAAGCUGCGAUGGCGAAAGCCAAAAACGCCCCCGCCUCGGAGUCCAACUCCUCGGCUUCUGAUGCUGCCAGACGGACUGCUGAGGGUGAGCAGCACUUGAUCGCCACUAUGCUGGCUCAGGGUUCCGGGCCCCCUGCUCUCGAAGCUGCCCUUCCCCCGCCGAUCAUCUCCACGAAGGCGGCUCCUCAGAAGGGGACAGAGAAGGUCCCUGAGAAGAAACAGAAGAGGGGCCGCGAGGCAGGCUCCACUGGCCCCCUGCUUGAAGAUGCUGGGUCCCUGCCUUUGAGCUGCCCGGCGGAAGAGCUUUGGAGGGAGAUGGCCCUCAAGGCCGGUCUCGAGCUGCCCCGCCGUUCGUCGUCCGAGGCGACCAGUGCUGCCCUGGCAGCCGCCCUUCAGUCUGGGCUCCUUGUCCUCCAAGCUGAAGCUGCCAGGGAGGCCGAUCUGAAGGAGGUCAGGGCCAAGGCUGAUGCGGCCAUUGCUACGGCCCGGGAGGCCGCUCGUCGAGCGGAGGCGGAGGCGGCGGCCAAGGAGAAAGAGAUCGCUGCUCUGCGGGCAGAAUCCCGCCAGCAGCUGGUCAGCCUUGAGAAGGCUGGCUUCAAGCUUGUCCCGGUGCACCCUGCUGCAAGGGAUGUCAUUCCGGAGUGGCUGGUUGAUACCUCCGGCUAUCGGAACACUGGGGAGUUUAUGGACUCCGCCAGGGACUACUGCGCCGGGGCCUUCGGCGAUGUAUUCUCCGCAGCGCUGGCGAAGAUCCCGCUCCGGCAGCGCUUGGCGAGCGGCGUGCGGAUCCUGGAGAGCUCUCCCCUGUCGCAUAAGUUCCUUUACGAGGUCGGCGACAGCUCCUUCGCCGCUGGCUAUAACGAGGGGGUCAAGGCCACCCUUCCCAUUUUUUCAAGGCUGCAGGGGGCCGACUUCGAGCUUGCUGCACAUACAGACGACGAUCUGCUGCUCCAAGCCUUGGGGAAGCUGGGGAGAGACCAACGGCGGGAGGAGGCCAAGGCUAGAGGGGAAAUUCCGGAACCCCCGUCCCCCGAGCCUGAGGAAGAGGAGGAGGAGCCGAACCAGGGUGGCAGCCGACCGGAAUCCCCUUUCUUUGUAUAAUGUAAUUUGUAUUUUUCCAUUCUAGCUUUUGUAAUGUCCGGCCGUUAGAGCCGAAGAAUAUACAUGCUCUUUUGCCCAAAAUUACCUCUACGCUCAUGAUCUUUACUUCGCAUUUGUACUCUUGUUGUAUGGAAACUCCCCUCGUGUCUCGAUACACCCUGUUGCAUAGUUGGCGUGGACGUUCAUCCCUGUCCCCAAUUGGUUCGGGGCAGGGGCGUCUCCUUGCCAAACACCCGUACACACUUAAGUGCGCGGUGCCAGUGCUGAGGUCCGUCUUCGGAUGGCGACACUCGGCGCCGAUACUGGCUGCCCCUCCUGCAACAGCAUUCUGAUGGUAAGACGACGUUCGUCGGGGGUUGGCCUAACAGCACACUUCGCUGUUAACGACGUUCGUCUACUGCUGUGGCAUGAAUGCUCAAGCUUCAAGCGAGGAUGUCCGUCUGUCCUACAUGUUCGACUGGCAUGGAGUGUGGAAAGGCGAAUGUAGCCUAUUUGAUGCGUGCGUCCCCUGCUGGUAAGCUAAGGACGUGAUUUUUACUUCAUCACUCUUGUGUCCUCCAUUUUUUGUGUCCUCGACACACAUUCAUCGCACGACGUCCUCCUACCGAAGCCGGCUUGCCGCCCACGCGGUAUUCUGACAAUGGGAAGACGUUCGUCGGUAGUUGCCUUGACAGUACACUUCUCAAGUAUGGACGUAUGGACGUAUUUCCCUGAAACAGCGUUCGGUGACGAUGUUCGUCUACAGUUGCGUCACAUGAAAACCCGGUGUACUGCAAGACGAACGUGGCCGGUUAUUGCGUGUGUCCUCAUCAGCCGCCGAUGUUAGGGACAGCCGGAGAAUUACGGAAAUAUGGAAAGACGAAAUGUCUCCAAAUCCCCCCGAGCCGGUAAGCCCUCCUGAAGGGACGUUCGUGGCACGGACCCGGAUGUCUUUGUGGUGGUUAUGUGGCGACAAAAUCGAGAUGCCUUAAAUGCCGUGGUAGGUACCGGUAUCCAGGCGCCACGUGUCCUGCUUCGGUUGGCACGAUUCCGCGGCGUUGCCUAUAAGUACCCAGAGUCCAUGUGAUACACUCACAUUUCUCCUUACGCUGCACAAUUGUCUUCUCUCUCAAACCGUAUCGGAAAUCUCGAACCCCAAAGGUACCGCUCGUUGUCAUGUCUUCCGAAAAUCGCUUUGACGAUGGAUAUUCUUCCGGCGAUGACCUGGAAUAUUAUGAGCGGGGAAUGCCACCCCGGCCUCCCCGUUACAGUCUCAGCUUCUCGUGCGUUCGGCGUCAAGUUCAACGCCUGACGAAUGCUGAUAAACGACUGAUCAGUCAAUGGUUUUAUCCUCCAAGGGCCUACGACGAUCGGCGUCUGCGGAACCCCAUGCGCCAUCUGCCCGGCUAUGUGGUGGUUCACCUGGAUUCGGUGAUAGCCGGGCUGAACUUCCCCCUGCACAGCUUCCACUUGGAACUUUUCAGGGCCCUUGAGAUUGUGCCUGCGCAGCUCGUCCCUGCCGCCUAUCGGAUAAUCGCUGGCUUCAUCAUUAGAUGCCAUAGCGUCGGUGUGACCCCCACCGUGGACCUGCUGCACUACUUCUUCC